UCGGCCAGAUCCAAUACUAAUACUUUGGAGUUUUUUCGUUGAAAGUACCACGACCUUUUGUAAAUUCGACCGUUGGAGGGCCGGCCACCAUAUUACACCCAAUAAGUUGGGGAUCGGGACGAAGAACUCCAUGGCAGAGAUCAGAGGACGGCGUCCAGGCUCCAACCACCCCAAAUCCGUCAUGCCAGAACUCAGAACUCCAAACCCCCUCCAGCCAAAAGACUUCUCUCUGCCCCCCAUGCGUCGAGGGCCCAUGUACUCAGUCUAUGCCGAGCUCAGAGAGUGGAAACUGAGGAGGAAGAGAGCAGAAGUUAAUUCUAUGAUCGCUACUCCUACUAGAAGAUGCGCCGCCUCAACGGUUUCUCGCUCUGUUCCCAAUUUCUCGGCCACUUUUAGGAAGGAGAAUCGGAAGCCGGCUUCUCCCCUGCCACCGACUGGCCCGCGGUUGGAUUCGUUGAUGACUCCACCACGGCCGAUGGUUCCGAAGGCUAAGCUGAGGAGAUUGGGGAGCACGUCGGCAAGCAGGGCCGAGGAGAAGAGAGGUGGUGGUGGGGUGAUUGAGAUGAGGAAGAGCUACUCGUGCCUCAAGGAAUUGAAGGAGUACGGGGUGCUUGCCUCGUCGGCCAUGGAAGAGGAAGCGAGAGGAGUACGAGGUGCAAAGAAAGGGAUCAUCAAUAAGACCGUCUCGAGUUUCCAGCGACGAACAACAACAUGGAUGGGUUGAUGAUACUUCAUUAUUUGUUUCUUUGAGAAUUGAGUUGGGUCAUAGAUGAAAUAUUUGAUGCCAGUUACCGAUUUGUUUGUCGUAAAUAAUCUUGUUUAUCAUUUGAUGUUGAUAUAUAUAGUAUAUCACUUUUGAAAAAUUGUGUACGAGACAGUAUAAAAAUUGUAGGUAGCUUGGGUGAGUGUUGAUCGUGCUCCAAGCUU